CCCUUCCGCUAUGCCCCGCGCCGCCACGUCUCCCUCCGCGCGAGGCCGCCGCCGCCGUUGUCGUCGCCCGUCGCGUCGCCGCCCCGCGCUGCGCGCGAGGUGUUCGACGGAGGAGCUCACAGCCGGGACAGGCCUCCCGGGGUCGGCCGCGGGGGCGCGCGCCGGAGGGAGUACCGCGUGGAGCAGGGGGAGCCGGCAGCGCCUCCUCCUCCCGUGGCGGCCGCCGCCAGGGGCGUCUUACCCUACGUCGUCCCUGCAGGGGCGGUCCUCGCACUGAGCUUUGUCAUAUGGAGGGUGGUUCAGAAUUUGCUUCCCGGAAACACAAAAGACCAGAGUUCUGGAGAACCUAAGUCUUCUGGGAUCAUGUGGUCCUUCGCUGCUGGUUCCAAUUUGUCAACAUCAACAAGCUUUAAUGCUGAAAAGGAAUCAAGGAAAAAUUUAAAUAAGUUCUACAAGGAAAUCAGGACUCUGAAAAAUGUUAACAUGGCAGGUCGUCAAUUUGGGGACGAGGGCCUGUUUUUUCUAGCAGAAAGCCUAGCCUAUAACAAGAGUGCAGAAGAGGUUGACUUUUCUGGUAAUGGGAUAACAGCUGUUGGAAUAGAAGCCUUUGAUGGCAUUCUUCAGAUAAAUACAGCUUUAAAAUCUCUCAACUUAUCUGGAAAUGCCAUUGGAGAUGAAGGAGCUAAGUGUCUUUCAGAUAUAUUGGUCGAAAACGUAGGUAUUCAGAAGCUCCUAUUGAACAGUACCAAUAUUGGAGACGAGGGGGCAAAAGCAAUUUCGGAUAUGCUGAAAAAGAACAAAACAAUACGUACUUUACAACUCAGCAACAAUACAAUAGAAUACAGCGGUUUUGCAAGUAUUGCAGAAGCACUCCUUGAGAAUAAUGUGCUACGGAGCUUAUAUCUCAAUGGCAACUAUGGUGGUCCUCUUGGUGCAUCCAGCCUAGCAAAAGGAGUUCUAGGGAACAAGACUUUGAGGGAACUUCACUUGCAUGGCAAUGGAUUUGGGAAUGAGGGAGUGCGUGCAUUGAUGUCAGCAUUGUCUUCUCACAAAGGGAAAAUAACAGUUUUGGAUAUUGGCAACAACAACAUCACCUCUGAAGGUUCUCUUCAUGUUGCCGAGUUCAUCAAAAGGACGAGGUCUUUACUAUGGCUCAGUCUAUACAUGAACGAUAUUGGCGAUGAGGGAGCUGAGAAGGUUGCAGAUGCUCUGAAACAGAAUAAGACAAUUUCUACGGUUGACCUGGGUGGUAAUAACAUUCACUCUAAAGGGGUUAGUGCAAUAGCUGAAACUCUGAAGGAUAAUUCAGUGGUGACAACAUUGGAGUUGAGCUAUAAUCCGAUUGGGCCAGAUGGGGUGAAAGCUCUGUGUGAUGUUCUCAAGUUCGAUGGGAAAAUCCAAACCCUUAAACUUGGUUGGUGCCAGAUAGGUGUGCCAGGUGCAGAAUUUGUUGCCGAUUGUUUGAAGUACAACACAACAUUAUCUACGUUGGAUUUGAGGGCAAAUGGACUUGGAGAUGAAGGUGCUAUCUGCUUGGCACGAAGUUUCAAGAUCAUCAAUGAAUCUUUGACUUCACUUGAUCUGGGUUUUAAUGAGAUUAGAGAUGAUGGAGCGUUUGCAUUGGCACAAGCACUCAAGUCUAAUGAAGAUCUUGCAGUCACAUCACUAAAUCUUGCAAACAACUUCUUCACUAAAUUUGGACAGGUUGCUCUGUCUGAGGCACGGGAUCAUGUAUAUGAGAUGAGCGAAAAGGAAAUAGACAUUUACUUUUAGGUCUUAUUGUUUAUCUUUGCAAAGUAGCUUAAAAAAAUGGUCUAAACCAUGGCUUCUGCUUGGAAGUCAUGCUUUCUGCAUCACUAGCCACAUAAUCAUGGUCUUUUUGGCACUACUUGAAGAAAUCAAAGAAGAACAUGGGGAAGAGCAUGCUUUAUGCUUGUCAUAGAAAAUUUUGGUAAACUAGUUAACUCUGUAGGCUAGUCAUUGAACUGUCCAUAUGCAUUUUUUGUGGAAGCAUUGAUCAUGAAUAGAUCGAUUGAUUGGAAUGAACCAUAUGAUGAACAUAAUAUAUUACAUUAUAAUGUCUUCUCUCUUUGCAUGUCUGGAUUUUGUGCAAGAACCGCUCUUAUACUAGUU